GGAAGUUUGAAGUCAUGGCUGGAAAACCGAAACUUUACUACUUUGAUGGAAGAGGCAAGAUGGAGUCAAUUCGCUGGUUGUUGGCUGCAGCUGGGGUUGAGUUUGAAGAAGAGUUUUUGGAAACCCGAGAGCAGUAUGAGAAGCUCCUGAAAGGUGGAUCCUUGCUUUUCCAGCAAGUGCCCAUGGUGGAGAUCGAUGGGAUGAAGAUGGUGCAGACCAGAGCCAUCCUCAGCUACAUAGCAGCAAAGCACAACCUCUACGGGAAGGACCUGAAGGAGAGAGCCCUGAUUGAUAUGUAUGUUGGAGGAACUGAUGACCUUAUGGGCUUCAUUUUGAUGUUCCCAUUCUUAUCGGCUGAGGAUAAAGAGAAACAACGCGCUGUUAUAGUUCAAAAGGCGACAAGCAGGUAUUUCCCAGCAUAUGAAAAGGUUUUGAAAGACCAUGGGCAGGACUUUCUUGUUGGCAACAAUUUUAGCUGGGCAGAUGUUCAUCUUCUUGAAGCCAUUUUAAUGGUAGAAGAGAAGAAGUCGGACAUGCUCUCAGGCUUUCCUCAGUUACAGGCAUUUAAAGCAAGAAUAAGCAGCAUCCCCACAAUCAAGAAAUUUCUGGAGCCGGGAAGCCAGAGAAAACCUGUUCCUGAUGAUAAAUAUGUGGAGACUGUGAGGAGAGUUCUCCGUAUGUAUUAUGACAUAAAAGCGAAUUAGUGUGCCUGGCU